UGUAGAGCGGCUAUAGAGGUAGGAGGGUGCGAUCAGCGGAGGUCUGAACCCCACCGGAGUCUGUAGUGCACUAACAGAGAGCAGAAGGCUUGUUUUUGACCAGAUAACUGAUGACAGCAGAGAGACACCAGUCAAAACAUCGCUGAUGACUCGGAACAAACACAUUAGUUGUUUGCAGCGCUGCAUAUCCCCACGAAGCCAGCUUCAUGGUACCGAUGCCUUGCUUUCGAUUCCCCGCAGCCUGCAGCUCGGACCGUUCAAGUUGAACGGCUAAAAGGAGCUGAUCUGCCCUGACUGACAGUGAGUCCUGAUAUUUCCAUCUGGACCUGGUGAUAUGAGAGGCUCCGGGAGACGGUGAUGGAGCUCCAGGAGUUGGGCUGGCUGUGUCUGGUGGGUCUCUUUCUAGCCUCCUUGCUCAUUGUGCUGGGAUGGCUGCUCCAGUAUUCGCUGACCCUACUGCGGCUGCGGAGAGCCAGGACGACAGCCAAGCAGGACGGGAGAGACACAGCCUCCCUCACGCAGCCACAUCAGAGCCAGGCUGGAGGUCUGUGGGGCUUCCUGCUGAAGCUCCGCUCGGGACGGGAUGGGGGACCUGCAUCUGAGGCCGGGGUUAAAGGCUUGUUGACAUCUCUGUUCUCCUUCAAGUCCUUCAGGGAGCACUUCCAGACAACCUGGGUGAAAGCUCUGAAUGAGCAAGCUUGCAGGCAUGGGAGCUCCAUCCAGAUCACUUUUGACAGCAGUCUCCAGUUAACUGCUGCCUCUGCAAUAGAUAGUGUGACCUGCACUGAUCAAUCGGCACACCUAAUGGUUUUACACUGUAAGUGUUGGGUGGACACAGUGACAUUUCCUGUGACGGUAACCCAGCAGUCACAUGCUGCCGUUUCCAUGGACACCUAUCAGAUCACAAUUGCACCUUUGGUGGCAAAGGUGGUGGUGUGUCUGGAGGAGGUGGAGGACGAGGGUCUGCUGAUAUCCUGGACUCUAGCCAAGCAGCCAUCAUUUACUCUGACAGUGUCUCCAUGCAAGCUGCAGAGACAGGGCACUGAGGGUGGGGCAGACCCAGACAUGAUUAAGGGACUAAUAGAGGAUACUCUGUUCAGCACUCAGCCAGCCAUGGUCCUCAACCUCAAGACUUGUGCAUCCAGUCCUUUGGCCCCCAUGGACCAUCUGUCGGUAGGACUGAACUCUGUAUCUCAGAGUGUCUUGGUGAGACGACUGCUGCUCCGGCAGCUCAGGGCGACCUUAAAUAAAGGUCAGUGGUCUAGAUCAGGGGAGCUGUGCUGUGUCCUGAGCCUGGACCAACCCUCCACAGAGAGGACAACACGCUUCCUGUCUGUGCCCAGCAACCCCAACACCCCACUGCAAUGGAGUGAAGAAAUUAGUCUGGAGCUGGGCCUAGAAACCAAAGAGCUGAGAGUAAGACUUCUGGAGCGGAACAGCAAAAGGGAACAAUUCCUGCCUGGCCACGCCUCCAUCGCCUUGGACCUCCAGUGCAAAGUUCCUACUGGACAACAUAUACUGUCAAUAAGCCCCGGCCACGGCUUGGCACCAAACGCAACCAUCACCGCAGAGCUGCUGUAUGUGGAAACAGAGGAGCCUCGCAGCGCCCACAAUGCUUUGCCAAUUCGUUCCUCACUCACCCCCACCAAGAAAGUCGAUGUGGACCGAACCAUCAUGCCAGAUGGAACCAUCGUCACCACUGUCACGACCAUCCAGUCUCGGCUCAAACUGGAACGCAGUCCAGGUGAUUCCCCUUUGCGUUCGCCAUCCAAAGUGGAGGUGACGGAGAAGAAACCCACCAUCCUGUCAGAUGGCAAAGGCAGCCCCAACCCCAGCAAGAGCAGCCGCCUCUCUAAUGGCCUGGAUCCUGUUGCAGAGACGGCCAUUCGGCAGCUGACAGAGUCCGCCUCCAAAGUAGCUCGGAAGACACCAACAAAAAGGAGCACACUGAUCAUCUCGGGUGUGUCAAAGGUUCCACUCUCAGAAGAUGACUGUGCAUUAUCGAGUGGCUACGCUGCAGCAAUGGAUGCAGCCAUGCAUGGCAACCAUUACGGAGCAGGGCAUCACCAGGACCCAGAUGAAACCACACCCUCCGACGUGUCGGAGCGUCCAUCUGUGGACGAUGUGGAGUCAGAUACUGGUUCCACUGGUGCCUUGGAAACCCGCAGCCUCAAGGACCAUAAAGUGGGCUUUCUACAGAGUGGGUCGAAGCUGUUGUUCCGCAGAAGACAUCGAGAGAAGGAGUCCUGCCUCAGCCAAUCCCAUGAAGACAUCUCCAACAUGGGUAAUAACUUUGCUGCUGCCGCAACCAGCAGCCGCAAAAAGUCUGGCAGCUUCUCCCGGCGCCUCAUCAAACGCUUCUCUUUCCGCUCAUCAGGCAAGUCAAAAGGCAAAGCCACCUCUACCAACGGAGGAGCGAGCUCACUGGAUAACUGAUUAUCAUUGUUAGGGUAGGACAUGGGUCAUCCUGACUUUAACAGGAUUGUUCUAAGGUCUCUGUUAUUACUGUCAGAAGAACUAUUAAACCUUGCAAGAGUCCAGUCUUUGACAGGCUGAACACCCCAGGUGGGUUGUCGUCUGUACAUCUCGAAAGGAGGACACCUCUGGGAGGGCUUUCCUCUGGAGAGAAAUUGUUGCACCUUCAGGACAGAAGUCAUGUUUAAUCACAUCACUGAAGUUAAAAUGUGAUUAUGAAAUCUAUUCUUUCGAGGAAAAAUCUGCUGCUUGGUGAGAAGGUAAUGGUUACAAUUAAAUGUCUUGCGCCCUGUUUGAACACAAACUAUAGUGGGAGUGUUAGAUUGUGACGGAUGGUGGAGAUGCUCUUUCACUAUUUAAUGAUAUAUAAUGCCAGUAUGAUGCUAUUGGUUGCACUUUGGACCUUUUUUUAACAGCACAUGUAAAAUUCCUGGGUUAUAUAAAGGUGAUUUAUUAUUAUGUGGUUCUCAUGAAACAAGUGCUAUUUAUUUUACCCCUAAAAAACAAGUCAUCAUAGCUGCAUUACGAUGUAAAAUAGACAUUGCUGUGUGUUUUUUCCAUACAAAUGUAAUUUUAAACACAUAGUUUAAGUAAGUGAACAAAAAUCAGUCUUAAUCUAGCUUUAAUGUCCAUUCACAAUUGCUUAUACAUUGGUUUUAGAAUGUUGUUCAAUGUUAUCUCUAAGUAGAAAAGAUAAUAUAUUUAUUGUACUUUUUAUUUCAUAAUGGUACUUUCUGUGGAAUAUUAUAAUGCAUUUCAGUUUGCCUUUGAAACUUCAGCCAGCCUGGAUCUCUAGCAGGCUCUUUAAGCUCUUUAGGACAGUGAAUUUAAACUUUUUAAAUUCUGACAUUUUUCUGUCAGUAAAAAAAAAAACCCAUGAUUAUUUCCUGCUUUCCUUGUGGCUCCUGUUGACUCCAAUUAAGUUAAAAGUGCAUCUAAACACAUUAUAGAGACUUCAGUUGAUGCUCAUAUGGACUUUUCAUUAUUGCAAUAACGUAUCAUUACUGUGCAGCAAGAUUGCAUAUAUAGUGCAAAAUGCCUUGUGUGGGUUGCAUGCAAAAUCAUUUGCAGGAAAUGCUGACGUGAUUGGCUCAUAAUCAUAAACUAAACAUAGCAAAACCUAUCCUGUAUUAACAUUUAGGAGCAUUAUCAUAAUGUAUUACUUUUAAAAUAAAUUUAAGUCACACAUUAACAGUUCUCAAGUUUAGAUUGGAAAAAAAGGAACUUGGAGGUCUCGAGGUGUGUUCAGAGAGGCUCUGCUGAGGCAUGGAGUGGACAUACUCAGGGCUAGAGAUAUGAGGAAAACUGCUGCAUCCUUCAAAGGCAAACAGAACCAGUGUGUAAAAGUGUACAUACAUUUUGUCAGACGAAAAGGAGAAAUAUUUUAAAUGACUGCAUUAAUCAUGGGACUUCAGAACAACCAAAUUAUUGUUAUCAUUAAUAAUUAUUUUGAUUUACAUCAAUAAAAGGAUAGCUAUUACAUCAAUAAAAGGAUAGCUAUUAAAAGGGAUCACAGAGGUGGCGCCGCUGCUGUCCAAAGGACUCUGAUGGACGUAUACCAUGUGCUUUACAAAAUGACAAGCAAUUCUAAAUGCUGAAGAAAUGAACAAAGCCAAUUCAUUGUCUAAAGGCACAUUAUACAUGGCUGGAAUGUGAAACAGAAAGCAUCUGCUAAAUUUAAGAUAUAUAUGAUUUCUGUUGUUAUAUUUGAAAUGUUUAAUUUAUUGCAAAUAAAUUAUUUUUGAAGCAUCA